AUGCUCAAGCGCCUUGCCGGGCUGGGAGCUGCGAGCGCCGACAAGUCCACAACCAACACAACCGCAAACACCGACUCGGACGAUGCUCAGACGCCCGCUCCACCCCCUGCCUACGAUGCCACGGUCGGUGACCAGCAGGCUGCGACCGAAGACGAGGCUGCCAACCUAACCGCCGCAUUUGAGAACCUGACCCUGACCAAUGCGCCCUCGCACCCCAGCCCCGAGACGUGUCUGGCCCAUCUGAAACUGCUCUUCGCCAUCCAGUGGAUGAAGGAAGACGUCGGCUUUACCGACGGACUCUGGGGCCUCUGGGAUGCCCGCGCCGGGCCGGUCAGCCCGGCACUGAAGGGCCGGCCGGAGAAGGAGAAGGCCAAAGAGCAGGGGGAAGAGGAGAGGGCGCCAGAGCCGAGCAUCGAGGAGAAGAUCAACAACAAGAACCUCGAGAACCUCAGCCGCAUCAGGGAGAAGCGAUGGGCCAUCUUCGUGGCCAGGGCCGUCUUCCGCUACGAGGUGUGGUGGAAGUUGCUGUCCAAGACCAUCCACGAGCACCGGCUGUCUCAGCGCGACAUCGAACACGGUCGCCCCGAUUAUAUCAACUUCCCGACCGACGUGAACGCCGUGUUGACCUGGACUGAGGACAUGCUGCCGCCGCUUGAUGUCCUCAUGGUCUGGCACACCCAUAUGCUGAACCCCCGCGCCUUCCUCGAAGACGCCAUGCUUUCGGGACUCCGACGAUUCUGGGUCACCGGGAUGCCGUGGGAUCUCAUCAACAAGGCCAUCGACACCGACUUCAACUACACCGUCUCGGAUGGCUGCAAGGCCCGCUGGACCCAGCAGACCGGGCUCGCCUGGGACAACGUCGACGGCAGGCUGACGAGGACCAUCAGAUGCCCCCGUUGUAAUGGCCGGGUGAGAAUCCCCUGGACCACUUGCGGCCGCGCCGAAGACUACCAGGAUCCCGAGCCGCCCGUCCUCACCGGCACCGGCUACGGCGACAGCAACUUGGAGCACCUCUGCACAGCCUGCGGCACCGUCAUUCGCAGGGAGCUCCUGUCGGUCGCCAACUUCGUCGCCGACACCAAGGCCCUGCUUGGCUCCAUGAACCGGCCCAUGCCGGGAACGGUGCUAGAUCCCAAGACGGGCACACCGGCCGGCCCGUUGAUGCAAGGGCGCGUAGUACGGAAGGCGGCACACUCGUUCCCGAACAGGCUGCUGAAAAGCGGAUGCAACUCGAUCAGGAGCCGCAUCACGGAGUUGAUGAGCUCCGGCGCCACGCCCGACCCGACGAUGGCGCUUGUUCGCCGAGAGAUCGAGGCCGUCCUCGCCGAGCGGACCAACAUCCGGCAGAUCGACGGCGUGUCGACGGUCGGGCGGUACGCGCUGCCGGCCGAGUCGCGCAUCGCCAUCCGCAAGAUGAUGUCGCGGUACUGGCAGAACUGCAGCAUGUUCGCCGUCGAACUCUGCGGCGCCGUCAUGCGGCAGGGUAUCUUCGUCGAGAAGAUGUGCAAGCUGGACUGGUUGCACAGCCCGUCGGCGCGCGCCACCAUGGUGCGCCUGCUGCACAAAUACGUCCGCUUCAUCGAGAUCAUGCGCAAGAGGCCGAACCAGAUUGUCGUGCCCACGCUGGACGUCGACCUCGCCUGGCACACGCACCAGCUGAGCCCGAGCCGCUACUACAUGUACACGGUCGCGAAGACGGGGCGGUUCAUCGACCACGACGACAAGAUCGACGAGAACACGCUCAGCAAGCAGUUCGAGUGGACCAGCAAGGUAUACCAGGAGCUGUACGGCGAAGUGUACAGCGCGUGCACCUGCUGGUAUUGCGAGGCGAUCCGCUCCGCGCACAUCAGCACCGUGGGCAGCGCCCUCGGCCUGUCCAAGCAAGCAAAGAUAGCCGAAUCCUUCCACAACACGGGUGCCGCCGCUCUGCACCCGCCUUCUAUGUCAGCGCACAUCUCCGCACACAAUUCAGUCACCCUCCUCCCAGACCCGUCCGUGCCGCCCCCCACGGCCGCCCGCGUCGCCGCCCGCCUGGCCGCCGCGCACAGGAGGCGCCUGGACGCCGCCUACGCGCGCGCCCGCGCCCGCGCCGAGAAGAAGGGCCGCCCGACGCUGCCGCCGCGCCGCGACGACGCGCUGGUCUACGACCACUGGGGGUAUCCCUACGUCUACGCCGCGCCGUACGCGUAUCCGCUGUGGUGGACGCCCGGGAUCUACGGCGCCUGGUAUCCCGGCUACGUGGUCAUGUGCGCCAGCGGCGCGUGGGGGAACUGCGUGUCGGGCACGUGCGGCGGCGGCGUGGCUGCCGGCGCUUGUGGUGGGCCUGGGGGCUGUGGUGGAGGUGGGGGCGGCGGCUGCGGAGGCGGCGGUGGAUGUGGAGGUGGUUGUGGCGGCGGUUAG